UGGUCAUCGCCCAUAGUCCAUCUCUUGAAAUCAGCACGAUGACGUCACAGUCGCUCACUUCUGGCGCGCACACCUGGUCGAGUCCCUCAAACUCACCUGAGUGCGCGCGAGGAAGAGAUGGACGUCCCCGCCUCCGGCUGCUCCGGGUUCCUCAUUGACGCGCUCCUCUUACCUCCUGCGGAGCUCCGCACGGCCGCCGGUCACUCUGCACCUCCUUCCCCGCAGAGAGAGCCUGAUCUCCGGCUGCAGUGUGCCCGGUCCGCCGGCCGCCCGGAGCAGCUCCAGCCCCGCAACCGCUUCUUCAGCUCCUCAUUCCUCAUCCGGGACAUCCUAGCGGACCGCCGGUCCCCUCCGGACCCGGAACAGUUCAAGCUCGAACCCGGGUCGUUCCAUUUCGGACCGGAAGAAGAUUUCCAGGAUAAAAGCGUGAGCGGCUCCGACAGUGAGACCAGAGCCGACUGGCCGACCGACCGUCAGAAGAAGCCUCGUAAAGCUCGGACCGCCUUCAGCGAGCAGCAGCUGACGAGGCUGGAGAGGAGCUUCCAGAAGCAGAAGUACCUGAGUGUCCAGGACCGGAUGGAGCUGGCUGCCUCCCUGCAGCUCAGCGACACCCAGGUCAAGACCUGGUACCAGAACCGGAGAACAAAGUGGAAGCGUCAGUCCACCAUCGGAUUGGAGCUUCUGGCUGAAGCUGGCAGGAUGUUCCUGCCCUCACGCUUCCUGUUCCCUCGUUCCCCGCCCACACCGGACCUCUACCUGUACGGCAGACCCGCCUCCCACCACACGGUCCUCACCCACAGUGAGCCACACUCCCACUGACAGCAGUGGACCAACGGACCUGGUUCAUAUCAAAGCUAUCGAUCCAGAACGACACCAGGGGUCCGUUUCAAGAAGCAGGUUUGUUCACCCUGAGAUGAGGGAACCUCUGGCUUGUUUCACAAAGGGACGUAACUAAAGCUGAGGGU